AUGUCCCAAAUCGAGCAGCACGAGUGGCAGACUGGCCUCUGCAGCUUCUUCAGCAGCGGCCAUUGCUUCAUGGGCUGCUGCUGCCCGUGCAUGCUGGCCAACAGGACGCAUGAGCUCCUCGAAGACCCCGACGAGAAGACCCCCAGUGGGUGUGGUCCCGUGGGUUGCGGCUGGUGCCUGGCUGAAAUGGCAGGUGGCCUCGGUUGCAUUUUCGGCUUCCUGCAGCGCAAGAAGAUCCGCGAGAAGCACGGCAUCGAAGGCAGCACCUGCGGCGACUUGUGCGUCAACUGGUGCUGCCCGUGCUGCUCCGUCAUCCAGCAGCUCAAUGAGCUUGAGAUGCGCCGCGACGCCCGCCAGGUGAACAAGGCGGGUUACCAGCAACAGGCCCCCAUGCGCCAGUAA